GAGGAACGCCGGCCAAUGAGCAGUUAGAGCAGGCAGCAGGUUGCGGUGUGAGCUGUUCCGCCCAUCUCCUCUUUGUGAUCGACGCUGCGUGUGUUUUUGAAUCGGAUAAAAAAAGACUGUGUUCGAAGAUGCAGGAAAACAGAGGACAUCGUUCAGAGCAGCAGAACCACGGUCCUCCGCGACAGCAGCCCAACCCCCAGCAGGAACAACAGAGGAAUCCGUCAGGAGGCGACAGCAAUGGCCAGCAUACUGAUGCUGGAGAUCCGAGCAGCUCAAAUGCUGGAUUUACUAUAGACCUGCAGAACUUCAGGAAGCCAGGAGAGAAGACUUAUACGCAGAGGAGCAGGUUGUUUGUGGGGAACCUGCCUGCAGGAACCACAGAGGAGGAUGUGGAGAAUCUCUUCUCCAAAUAUGGCAAACCUUCUGAAGUAUUCAUCAACAAGGACAGAGGCUUUGGCUUCAUCAGACUGGAAACAAGGACCCUCUCUUCAAUUGCAAAGGCAGAACUGGAUGACUCUCUUUUCCGCGGUCGGCAAAUCCGCGUGCGUUUUGCCACCCAUGGUGCCGCACUGACGGUCAAAAACUUGCCGCAGUUUGUGUCCAACGAGCUCCUAGAGGAGGCCUUCUCCGUGUUCGGCCCGAUCGAACGGGCCAUUGUCAUCGUGGAUGACCGCGGCAGGCCAUCUGGGAAAGGCAUUGUGGAGUUUACCAACAAACCCUCUGCUAGGAAAGCUCUGGACCGCUGCACAGAAGGAGCUUUUCUCCUUACAGCAUUCCCCCGGCCUAUUACAGUUGAGCCGAUGGACCAGGAGGAUGAAGAUGAGGGACUUCCUGAGAGACUUGUUAACAAAAACGCCUUGUACCACAAGGAGCGUGAGCAGCUACCCCGGUUCGCCCAGCCUGGCACAUUCGAGUACGAGUAUGCAAUGCGCUGGAAGGCACUGAUGGAGAUGGAGAAGCAACAGUACGAACAGGUGGAGCGAAACAUCAAAGAGGCUCAAGAGAAACUAGAGGUUGAAAUGGAAGCAGCGCGACAUGAGCACCAAGUCAUGCUGAUGAGACAAGAUCUCCUGCGCAGACAGGAGGAAUUGAGGAGAAUGGAGGAAGCUCACAACCAGGAGGUGCAGAAGAGGAAGCAGAUGGAGCAGCGUCAAGAAGAGGAUCGACGAAGGAGAGAAGAGGAUCUUCGUGCCCACACUGAGGACCUGAUGAGGAGACAGCAGGGCCAGGGAGGAAACUUCUCUGAGAAAAGAGAUGCAGAUAUGAGGAUGCAAAUGGGAGGUCAGGGAAUGGCCGUGAACAGGAGCCCCAUGGGUGGAAAUACCGCAGCAGCAGGACCUGCCAGUAUGGCUCCCAAUGAGCAGGGUUCUGCAAAUAAUCCUGGUGGUUUGCCUCUUCCUUUCCCCCGUCCUGGACCUCCUAUUGACUUUGGCGCCAACAAGCGCCGCAGAUUCUGAGACCAUCUCCUAAAUGUUUUUUUUUUUUUUACAUACUGUAAAAUAUUUUUAAGUAGAUGUUUUGUAGAGCCUUCGUGUGCAUUGCAGAAAUUGGAUUUGUUUGGGCAAACAUUUUAAACAUAGAAUGAAAUAGUUUUAAGUUACCCCUUAAAAUUUCUCACCCCCAGGAGCCUCAAGGGGCUGUUUCCAGAAACUGCGUCCAGUUCUGGCCGAUAAAUUGGUGAAAGGUCCUUGCAAUGAUUACUCUGAAACCUUCUCACCCAAAGGGGAGUUUUGUGCAGGGGAACAGGCCCAGGGUGAACAUUCAGCAUUGUAUAGCUCCAUUGUUCCUUUUUUAUUAUGUUGUUCUGUUUUUGUAAUUACACAGCUGUGAUCAUUUCCAUUAUAGACAUUAGAUUUUGUCUUUGCCUCUGAAACGCCUGCCUUCCAUACAACUUGAAAUAAAUGAAUUACUACAUGUUACAUACA